AGGCCUCUUUAGGUACGCCCAGAAGUGCAGAAGCUCAUAAAAGAUCUCAUAAAAUUUUUGAACAAUUUUUCAACAAUUAUAAAUAUUGGAAGCUCACUUUUGAGAUUCAGAGUUUCAAAAUUUAAUUACAUUUUGUUCAAGUGUAUGACUUUCUUAGAACUUGUUUUAACAGACGCAAAAACGUUGUGAAAUGAGCGAAAUGCUGAGAAUUCAGUUCCGAAAUUUUGAUAGAAAAAAUAACCUGGAGUCCAACUUCGGAAUGAUUCGUCAAAUUUUCGGUCAUUUCUUGCGAACCGUACUUUUAACUUUUGAAAUUUUUUACAAAAUUUCGUGAAAUGCUCUCAGCCAAGAAAGAAAAAAAAAAAAAGUUAUGACAGUUCUUGGUAGUUGAAGAAUUUUUUGAAGCUCAUGGUUAUGAACUCCUGGGUAAUAAAGCGUAAGAAUGGUAAAAACUCAACGGUAAAAUAGUAUCUUUAUUAGAAUGGCAAAGUUUGCGUCGAAUUCUCGCAUAUUUGUUGGGAGUUGCGCCUCGAAAAUUUCUCGACUUCAGAUUACAUCCUGUGAAAAAUGUCGCAUCUUUGGAUGAGUCGGGUUUGACUCGUAAUCUUCAGUGUUUAAUCUAGUCCCCCGGAAUCGAAAAAUUCCUUGACAUGAGAUUUCAUCCCGUGAAAUUUAAUUUUACAUCUUUGGAUGGGUCGGGUCUGAUAAGUAGUAUUUGGUAUUCAUUCUAGUCCCCUGGAACCUCUGAGGCAAUUUAUCAAAUCGAAUUCUGAUUCUUCCAUCUUCGAUCAGUAGCUGGCGAAGAAAAACAAACAAUAUAUUUUUUCAUUUUUAGUUUGUGAACGCAUAAUAACACACUUCAACCUUUUUUAAAUCUUUUCUUGCCCUUCUGAACUUAACUUCAGCUGAGAUGAUUUAAACUUAAAUCCAGUUGAAUGACAUUCAUAAUAUGUUUCAUAUUGUGAAUUAUGUGUGUUUGUUUCGCUAUCUUCUCAGGUUGCCUCUAAACAAAAAGAGAAAAUGAAUUAAGGCUGAUUAGGAUUCUUUGCUAAUAACUCGCUUGAUUCACUGUUGUAUCUUUGAAAUUAAUUUACAUUUAAGUGUAGACAAUUCAAUACAAAAUUUCCAUUUAUUUUUAUCAUAGAAAAAUUCAAGCACCCGAAUCAAAAAAGUCAUCACUCAAAAGUACAAUCACAUCUUAUGAACUUUUAAUUAAUUUACUCAUUUAUUCUUAUCAUGAGCUGUUGUCAUCUUGAACUUUUUUUCAAGCAGAGAGGCAAGCAAUAAGCAAAAAACAAAAGAAAGCAAGUUUGUACACUCACCGCUGUAUUUUCAAAUGUAGAAAAAAAACCAAAGUAUGAAAAAAAAAAAUAAAAUAAAAUAAGUAAAUAAUCUCUUUUGAAACCAAUAAAGUUGUUGAUAAUUUUUGCAGCAGAAAAAGUAUCCAGAUUCUAUGUUAAGAGCAUUUUUCCCCCUCUUUAUGAAAUACAUAAAAUGUCCACGAGGGACUGCUGGCUCAUGGCCCCAGAUUUUUGUUAGCAUAAUAAAAUAUUUGAAUUUGCAGUCUUUAUUUAUUGUUCAUUUUAUCACUCCGUAAUUAAGAGAAGCGUCCUAAUCAAAUGCGCACUUUCCAAAACUUUCAGAUACGUAUGAGUAUGAUUGGUAAGUGCUUUCUUUUAAGAUGCGUGAUACAGAUCAAGUCUUACUUACUUCAAAUGUAAGUGUUAGGAAACUUGAAAAUUAAUGUAGUCGACAAGGUGUGAGGCGAUGUACCAAAACGAUUUUGGUAGCAGAAUAUUACACUUGACAACUUGACUUAUUUCUGAUGCCUCAAAAGUAUCAAUAGUAUCACAAAACAAUGGGGUAAUCUAAUUAGAAAAUAAUGGUAACUGAAUGUUUUCACUUUUUUUAAGAAGGAGUUCAUGACGUUGCAAACAAUUCAAAGUUCGCCGUCAAUUUCACUGGCGAUGAAAGUAAAAUUAUAAAAUUCAGAAAUAAAGGAUGAAGAGGGAAAGUGUAGCAGUCGUCUUGCCUUGCCCACAGAUUGACCAUUUUCUCUCCCCCAAAUGUACAGUACAGUAGCAGCUUUAUGUUUGCAGAUUAUAUUGAUGGAUGCGGAGGAGAUCGAGCCUUUGGUGCAAAGGCAGCACCUCUCAACCAAAGCCAAGGACAGGCCCUUCAAAUGCGACCUCUGCUCGAAGUCGUUCAGACGCAAGUGUCAUCUGACGCGACACAGUAUUUCUGAGUGUCAGUUCAACGUCGACAAGCCCCAGUUUCACUGCAACCUUUGUCCAUACGUAGCAACGAGAAAGGACUCGCUCAAGCGACAUGUUAUUCUUAGCCACACGCUUCAAAAUCGCAAACGCGUUCUCAAAUUAAAUGAAAUUUUGUAAGGUCAACCAUCUGAAAA